AUGAAUGAACGAACGAACAGUGAUCAAGAUGAAAUUUUAUAUAUGGAUGAAAUUCCGGAUGAGAGUUUGCAACCGUUAACUCUCGAAUUAAAAAAUCCAUUGCCACGCGUGGAACCGCGACUCGGUGCACUUUUAGAAACAGACAACACUUAUAAUCCACGACCAACUUCGGGUCCAGAGAUAGACGAUCUAGAACCUGGUAUUCUUUCACGGCCAGGUGAUAAAGGUAUCGACGACGGUCUUAUACCAGAAACAUCGUUUGGACAACCGAAUUACCCUAGCGGACAACAUCCCUUUUUUCCGCAACCACCGAUUCAACCGAUACCGGAUGUGAACAUUUACCAGCAUAAAAAGACUCUUGCUCAAGGAAUGAUGGAUUUAGCAUUGCUAUCAGCUAAUGCUAAUCAAUUGCGUUAUGUUCUACAAACCGACGGUCGGCAUCCAUAUUAUUAUCCUUCAUUGACAAUGAUUACUUCCAGUUUACUUAUUCAAGUUGUAGUUGGAAUUGGAUUAAUUUGGAAUAGUAGAUACGAUGUAAAGGUCGACGCGCAAAUGUGUAAAGCUGAAACAGCUAAUAAUUGGACUGUUAUCGGUAUAUUUCUCGUCACGGUUCUCAAUGUUUUUAUUUCAUCGUUCGGUGUAAUUGACCUGAUAACGACUCCCACGUCGUGACAUUUAGAUAAAUUUCUGUUUAAUACAUAUUAGGCCUAACUAAUUUGAUUUUUUUAAAUUUCUGCUAACAUUUUUUUUCUUAUAAAUGAAAUCUAGUUGACGUAUGGUAUCCUUAUAAAAAUCCACUAAAAGUUAUAAUUUUACAUAUGCUUCAUAAAAAAAUAUUAUAGCAGUAUUAAACUCGAACGCACAAUGGCACGAUCAUUAAUAUAUUUUUCAAUUGUAAUGCGAGCUCUUCUUUAUUUUUUCCAAGUGUUUCUUUUAUUUGAUUUAGUUGAAUGGUUACAUCCAUUAACCAUUUAUUAACUUCACAUUUGAUAUCAGAUGUUCUUAAUAAACGAGAUGUACAUUGGAAAGCGUUACGACAUUCCAGACUGUCUUCUGUUUUUUCUGAGUAAACAGAAUAUAAUUUCUUUUUUAUGACAUGUUCCAACAAAGAAAUGAAACUACCAAUUUCAUCCCAACUUAUUCUAUUUAUAUUAAUAUCUACAGAUUUCUCAUAUUCCUUGAUCACACUUAUCUAAAAUCAAUGAGAUUAUAUUUCUAAAUUAAUUUUUUCAAUCAGAUUAUAUCUUCAUAUUUAUACAGUAAUUAAAUAUAUAACAAAAUAUACCAUCCAAUCAUAAAAUAGAUGUUCUUUUUCCAUCCAUUUUAAAUGUAUAUCUAACAUCACUCCUAUAGCACGCAAAUCUGACUUUUGUUGUUUACAUUGAACAAAAUUUGAAUCUGUAUGUAAGGCUAAUAAAUGCUUUAUAAAUGCAAUUUCCAUUACAUUCAUAUGUGCAAGAUGAUCAAAAUUCAAGCUCGCAUCGUGAGCUUUAUUUAACAAUUUAACUUUUUUGCAAAUUAAUUCGGAUAUAUGUUUAAUAUUAAAAUUUACUUUACUAUUGUGAUGGAUAAUAUUUUUUAUUUGUGUAUGUACAGAGCAUGAUGUUUCUACUGUAGAUACUUCUUUCUAAAAAAUAUUAUAUUUUAAUAAUAUGUUUUAUUUUUAAAUAUUUUUUAAAAUUUGCAUAUUUACCAAAGAUAUAUCAGGGCAUGAACAUUCCCUUCCUAAAAGACUAGAUGUCAAAUUGACACGUACCACGAUAUUUAAAACAUUUUGUGUAGCUAAAAGCCAUGCAAAGGCUAAUAGAAGUACUCUAUUAUUAUGGCAGCUUUCUGAUAAACCAUAAAAUUCAAUCGCUGGAUAUUGUAAAAAAGCGAAAUAUAAUUUUGUAGCAGAUAAUUUAUCUACAACAUUAUAUUCAUAUUUUUUUAAUUGUUGCAACAAAACAAAAGAAUGCAAUAAAUGAAAAUAAAAAAUAUAUGUACACACAAAGAAAAUGACAAACUUACCAUAUUCCUCAAAGUAUAUGUCAUUUUGCUUUUCUUUCGCCGCAUAAAAGCUUAAUAUGUGUAAUAUCGUCCAUAAUAUAUCCUGGAAAAUAAAGAAAUUUGUCAUUAAUAUAGACAAAGGUUUCAAAAUAUGAUACAAACUUAUCCGUCGAUAUUGAUACUUACAGAUUUUUGCGUGGUAUUAUUAUAUUUAGAUAACCUAAAAUAUUCUGGUUGAAUUGCCACUUUAAUUGAUAAAUUCAAAUGUUUACAUAGCAAUUCUAUAACAUUUUUAAUAUCCGACAUGAUUUGAAAACACUAGUUAUAACUUAUAACGCUGGCAACUAGACACAUUACAUCACGUGAUUAUUCAUUCGACCAAUUAUCUAUCUCGUAUAAUAAUAAUAAUAA